AUGAAUAAGAAAUUAAUUCGAGAUUAUGAAGAUAAAUUGAACAACGAAAAAAAGAAACUCGAUCAAUAUGAAAAAGAAUUUACGAAUAUUCUUUCAAGAAAUGAUCUUGUAAAAUUAUUGCAAAUGAAGGAAGCAUUGACCGACAACAUCAAACAAAUUGCACGAGAUCUGGAAGAAUUGAAAUCACUUAUCACAAUUGAUUACAGUAUCGAACAGAUCAAUGAAUUACAAACAACUCUGGAUAAUGUCCUCAAUCAUGUGAGAAUCGUAGAAACACAAGGAUAUACUUUACCGAUGAGAAAUUCACAAUCAUAUGAACCACGAAUGAAUCCUCCAUCAUAUAUUAGUCAACAAAUGACUAAUGAUUAUGCUCAAUCAUUUUAUCGUUCUCAAGCAUUUCCAGAAAAUGCAUACAUACUUCCAAAUAAUCUACGACUAAUGAAUUCUUCAUCAAAUGGAACUAUGCCUAAUUAUCCACAUUUAAUCCCAUCACAUGGAUUUCAAUCAACAUAUCCAACUGGAAAUAAUAGUCUUUCAUUAGGAUCAGCUGUUUAUCUACAACAAUUUUUCCAAUCUUACUCAAUACCAGCAAAUUAUCCAGGACCACAAGGAUUACCACAACUAUCAUCAUAUGCAAUUCCUAAUUUACAACAACUAACACAACCAACUCAACAAUCACAAACUGAUCAAUCAACUGUACCAAUAUCUCAGCUUGCAAUACCACAAGCAAAUCCAUAUGCACAACCAGUACUUCCAGAAAAACGAAAAAAAACUCCAUUAACUAUUGUUGAUCCAGUAUCACAUAAAAAAGUUGAAGUUUCUACUAAACAAUCGACACACAAAUCAAUGACAACAGCAAUAGCAUCAGAAUUAUCUCCACACAUACCACAUGAAACAUGUUCAACAGAAUCGACAACUACAGAUUCAAUUAUAUCAAAUUCAAAACUGACAAUUGAUAAGAGUAAAACACAAUCUCAAUUUGAUUUUCGACGACAAAUUGCCGGCAAACUAGCCGAUUCUUCCAAUGUUCAAACAGAUAAUUCUUAUGGUGAUCCAAUACUACUCGUCAAUGAAGAAAUUAAUUCAUAUCAAUCAGAAUCUGAAUCUACAUUAUUAGACUGUGUUACAAAACCAACAACAACAACAACAACAACAAUAAUAAAUCAUGAUAAAUCUCAAGCAACACCAAAUCAACGUUUACGAUACGAUCGUCAUGAACUUUUACGUAUUCGUGAUAGUUCAGGAACAUUUGCAAUUCCACUUAAUCUUCCUGAUCUUAAUAGUGUUCUUAGUCGACGUGAUAAUAAUAAUAAUCCACAUUAUUCCUAUAGAGAAGUUGAGGAAAAUACAAACGAAAUAGAAUAA